UAUAAAAUAGAACAAUAAGGACACUUUUAACAGUAGUGAGUUCGUGUGAAACAUGUUCUUGUUUAUUUAUUACGUUUAGGGUGGUUUACCCGUGCCCUUUUCCCAUUUUAACCAAUUAAAACGAUUAUGAUGACGUCAUCAAACCACGACUAGAAGCUCAUUGAAAACGUCCUCUUUGUGAGACAACUUGUUUACAACAUGGCGGCGGUGGAUUUCAGAGACAACCUUCUUGGGAUAUCCUGGGUGGACAGCGGCUGGGUACCGAUUCUUAACCCCGGGAAUGUUCUGGACUACUUCUCGGAGAGAAGUAACCCCUUCUAUGACCGAACCUGUAAUAAUGAAGUAGUGAAGAUGCAGCGGCUUACUCUGGAACAUCUGAACCAGAUGGUGGGAGUGGAGUACAUUCUUCUUCAUGCUCAGGAGCCAAUUCUUUAUAUAAUCCGGAAACAACAAAGGCAGUCGGCAACACAAGUAAUUCCUUUGGCUGACUACUACAUCAUAGCUGGAGUGGUGUAUCAGGCCCCGGAUCUGGGAACAGUAAUCAGCUCCAGAGCGCUGUCUGCUGUUCAUGGAAUCCAGUCUGCUUUCGAUGAGGCCAUGGCGUAUUGUCGCUAUCACCCAUCCAAAGGAUACUGGUGGCACUUCAAGGACCAGGAAGAAAGAGAAAAAAACAAACCUAAGUCAAAGAAGAAAGAGGAACCAAGUUCAUUGUUUCAGAGGCACCGUGUUGACACACUCCUUUUAGACCUCAGGUCAAAGUUUCCACCGACAUUCUACCAGCCCAAGCCCGGUGAGAAGCCAAUUCCAGUUGAGGUGAAGAAAGAGCCUGAACCCCCCACAGAAGCGAUUAAACAAGAAGAAAGGGAACCAGCCACAAAGUCUUCCGCCCCAGCUCCUCCAAGCAAACCGCCUCCUGAGAAGAGGGCAAGACUACAGUGAGAAGAUCGUUCAUUCGUCUCACCCUCUUGGAAGAUGGAAGUAGAAAACCUAAAAAAGUCAACAACAAAAAACACAGUAUUUUUGUUCUCUUGUCAAAUCUUAAGAUCGUCUGCCCCACUGCUCAUUUGAUCAGUUUACACAAAGCUAAGAAAGAACUGGCACCAAAAAAUACCUGUUUUACAUUGCAACCCAGGUCAUGUGCACAUGAUUCGUUUGGCAUCUGUGACAUUUCUGGCAGCUUUACUACAAACUGGGGUCAAAUGCGUGAUGUCAGCAGGCACUUAGCUAUAUUCCCCCAUGAUGAGGUUUUUUGAUGAUAACCUGACUUCAGCAUCAGUUUACUGUUGACAUCGGCGUAAUAUUUGUGUUGUAAUCAUUUCAGAGGACAGUUUGAUUCCUCUGCCGCUUUACAAGGUGAUGUGUCACAAUGCAUCAUCUCAUCUGUCUUUUUGUACAGAAUAUUUUUUGUUUUUACGUAUUAAAAUGUACCUGCUACUGUA